AUGGAAAAAAAUCAAAAUGAUAAAAGUAACACAAAUGAUAUAAACCAUAUGAAUGAAAAAAGUGGAAAUUAUGAUAAAAAUAAUAUAAAUAAUUCGAUUGAUAAAAAUGAUGAGCAUGUUAUGAGUGACGUAUUACAUAAAAUAAAUAAUAAGGGAGAAAUAAAAUCUUACAGUGAGUGUUUAGAAUUAUUAUAUAAAACCCAUGCCCUAAAAUUAGGACUUGAUAACCCCAAAAAAUUGAAUGAAUCUUUUGGUCACCCUUGUGAUAAAUAUAAAACUAUUCAUGUUGCAGGAACAAAUGGGAAAGGUUCUGUAUGUUAUAAAAUAUAUACAUGUCUUAAAUUAAAAAAAUAUAAGGUGGGUCUUUUUUCAUCACCUCAUAUAUUUUCUUUGAGAGAAAGAAUAAUAGUAAACGAUGAACCCAUAAGUGAAAAAGAGUUAAUACAUUUAGUAAACGAAGUAUUAAAUAAAGCAAAAAAAUUAUAUAUAAAUCCAUCUUUUUUUGAAAUUAUUACGCUGGUUGCAUUUUUACACUUUUUAAAUAAAAGGGUAGAUUAUGCUGUAAUAGAAACAGGAAUAGGAGGGCGCUUAGAUGCAACUAAUAUAUUAACCAAACCAGAAGUUAUUGUAAUUACUUCUAUAGGAUAUGAUCAUUUAAAUAUAUUAGGUGAUAAUUUGCCUAUUAUAUGUAAUGAAAAAAUUGGAAUUUUUAAAAAGGAUUCUAAUGUUGUAAUAGGACCAUCAGUAGCUAUAUAUAAAAAUGUCUUUGAUAAGGCAAAAGAAUUAAAUUGUACUAUACAUACCGUAGAGCCUGAACCAAGAGGAGAAAGAUAUAAUGAAGAAAAUUCAAGAAUAGCAUUGCGUGCCUUAGAAAUAUUAAAUAUAAAUAUAGAUUACUUUUUAAAAUCUAUUAUACCAAUUAAACCACCUUUAAGAAUACAAUAUUUAGCUACUGAGCAGAUACAAUAUAUAAAGAAAAUGUUCUCACCACAUAAUUUAGAACACAAUGAACAAUAUCCUCGUGCUGUUAUUUUAGAUGUAGGUCACAAUGAAACUGCAAUAGAUAGAUUGUGUACUGAUAUUAAUUAUUUUCAUAAGGGUCAAAAUAUAAGGGUAUGUAUAUCUAUAACAAAGCCUAGAAACUUGAGUGUAUUCCAUCCAUUCAUAGCUCAAUUUGGCGACACCUUAAAGGAUAUAUUUUACCUUCCAUCAUUAAAUGAAAGGACGUACGACUUCGAAGAAAUUGUUGAGAUGUUAAAUAAUGAAGAAGAAAUAAAAAAUGAAAUAAAAGAGCUCAUUUUAAGUAGCUCUAAAAAGGUUGGAAACUGGUUAGUUCAUGAGAAACAAGGAAAUAUUAAUGAAGAAGAUGCCCUUAAAUUAUACAAAAGAGGGUGCAUACCACUAAUAAUCAAAAAUGCAUUUCUUGAAUGCUGCAAAGACAAUAGUAUAUUAUUAAUAUGUGGAACGUUUUUUGUGUUUGAUGAAGUUUUAAAUACUUUUGAUAUUCACUCUGAUAUGCAAGAUACCAUUUUUAUGAAUGAACCAUCUCUUGUUUAA